ACUUCCAUGGUUUAGCGAUUUUAUUAUCGAUUUGUGUUUAGUUGCGGAAAACGUAAAGAGAACGAAAUUAAUUCAUAAACUUCUUUGGGAAGUACCAAAGAUCUUUAACACAGCUUUUUUUGUUUUUCUUGUGAAUUUGGGUUGAUUUAGGGGAAAAGUCGAAGUUUUUAAUUAAAAUUGAACUUGUAUGAGAAGAAAGUUACAAAUUGUUAGCGGUGUAUAAAGAAGUUGUGGAGCGAAUGGUGAAAGGAGGUACAGAAGCGGAAAGACGUGCCGACGAAACUCACAGAUAGAAAAAAAAAAACAAAAAGGAAAGGGAUAUUUUCAGGCGUCGUCGUUGAUUUCUUGGUAUACAGACUUGUUUGAAAAUCUCGGCAUAAACUGUGUUCUUUCCCGAGAACUUUAGAAUUUAAAAUAAUAAACAAGUCGCAGUGCUCGAGGUUCAUAUAUACAUUUUGCAAUUUCAAUAGUGCAAAGGUUUUUUCGCACAGAAAUAAAUAGUUUCACAAUGACCAACAUGGAGAAACAACAUGAAAUGGUAAAACGUAGUCUGGUGCAAUUCGUUAGCGCGCACAUUCCAGGGGCUGAUUUCAGCGUAGUCGACGAGAUUGUUUUGCAGUAUAUUAUUUCCAUUUUGGAGGAAGCUUCACAGGACCCUUGUUUCGAUGUAGAUGGUUUCGUUGAAAUGAUGGGCGCCUAUUUUGCCGAGUUUUCUUCUAUCGAUCAAGGAAUCAUUUGCGAAUGGAUUUACAAAUUGGCAAGCGAAUUGAAUGAAAUGGAAAAGAAUCAAGGGAAUCGCAAUUCUGUAAAUUUAUCGCUGAAUUCUCUAAGCCUUUCAGACAUCAUACCCGAGUCGAAGUUACGUGCUCGUAAUGCUUCCAUUUCGGAGAAGGAUGAGUUCUCUUCGAAUGGCUGUUGUGCGGGUGGGGUCGGCACCAAACGUGCGCAGCAUUUGUCGGAGACCAGUGACGGUGGUUCCACUGAUAGCUCGACUUGCGAUUAUUAUUUGGACGAAGCUGAAGUCUUACAAGAAAUGUUUCCAGACACGGCUUACGUUGAGGUGAAGCAUUGCAUUGCUAUAGCUAAAGGAGAUAUAGACAGCGCAACACAAAUUUUGUUACAUCGCCAAGAGACUGGGCAGAGUUUGACUGACAAGUCUAUUUCUAUUUCUGGACGCAAAAAUAUUGUUGUAGAUGAUGCCGAGUUGAAAAACCGUAUUAUUGAGAGAUACUCGUACGUUGACAAAAACGCCACUCAGCGGGAAUAUAAGCCAAUGGUUCCGAAAUUCGAACCGAAAAAAUUGGUUCGCUAUCGGGAUAACAAGAUCGUUUCUUUGAAAGGCGAACGGUACACUGAAGUUAAGCGCGACGAGGAAGCUGAGUUAAAAAAACCCAAAAAGCAACUUCAACCGUAACUAAAGUUGUUGAAAUCCUGCUAUAAGUAUUUCAUAAAAAAGUUGGAGCUGCUAGGACCACCACAAGAAAAACUACAAGGAAGAGAUAACAAGCAGCAGCUUCAUCGCUUGAAUCACCAUUUGAUAUUAAAAAAUUUGAAUCUAAUUAUUACCACUAUAUCACUAAUAAUUGCACAUAAGAAAGAGUCAACACUGCAAAAAACACUAAAACAACCAACACCACUUCCAAAACUAACCAAAUCAACAGCUGCAACAGUAAAGUUCUCAAAAGAAAUUCAGAAAGUUAAUGAAGCAAUACUUAAAAUCAAUUUAGCAUCACUGUUGCCAACAAAAUUUUAUUUAGUAGACAGGAGUGGGGUUGGUAACAAUUUAAAUCCACUAAUCCCACAGAACAUGGCAACAUGUAAAUGCCAUUUUGAAUUCGGUAUCAUUUCCGUAUUCGCACCUGAGUACAUUAAAGCCAAGUGUAUUUCGAGUGUAAACUCCAGAUGUGAAACUUUUUUGACUUCAAAAAGUGCUGCUGAGAUAAUUGAGUAUUGGUUGUACACCAAACAUCAAAGCUAUAAAGAUUUUGCGUUUCGCUGCCAAUUUUCAUCGAAUAAUUUGCAAGCGAAACAUGAAAAUGUUUUCGACAUUUUUAUUCUUAGUCUUAUUAUUUAUAAUUUAAUUUUUAGUUUUUGUUGUGAAUCAGCGCGGAAGAUUUUACAAAGAACUUAUUAUUAUUUAGUAAUAUACACUGUUUUUGGAAAGCGACAAGAACAACAAAUUAGUGUUAAAUUAAAAUUUUUAUGAGUUAAUAUUUCGUUAAGAGAAAUAAGUUGAUUUUACAACUGUCGAUAUUUGCUACUACUACUAUUUAAUAGGAAAUUAUGACGAUGUCGGUCCGCUGAUGGAUUUGCGCCAAGGUAGCACAGUGAUAAGUGCACUCAACAAAGAAAGCAAACCAUCCGCGAAACUAUGUGUAAUUUCAUGAGUCUUGUUAUACAAAAUUAGAAAUAACUUUUAAAAGGCAAUGCAUUUGGUGCCUAAGAUUAAUUAAAUGACGGCUUUCGAGUGCAAUGGUAAAUAAUAUCAGAAAUGCAAUUGGUAAUUACUUGAAGGCGGAAAGAAGUCAAUCAAAGUAAUAACAAAUAUUUAAUUAGCAUCUUAAAAAAUUCAAACUAAACUGUUUUGAGCUACAUUUCACUUCAAUUACGUUUGGAUUAGAAUUGCCUAAAGCCAGCGUUUAAUUUUCCUACGCACCACUCGUAUAGAAUUGAUCGUAGGUAGAAAAUACGGCCGGAAGACACGUCUUUAAGACAUACGAGCUCAAAUAGACUUAUGAAUUUACCUAAUCUAUGUUUAUAACGCGAGUAUUGUAAUUCUUCAAAAUAAUAUUUUAUACUGUAUUUUAAUGUGUAUUUGAAUUGAAUGAUCGAACUACUAAGAAAAUAUGGAUGAAAGUUCAGAAUGAAGAUGAAAUAUAAGACAGUUUUGAGAAUUACAUGCCAUACAUAUUCAAUAAUUCGUACAAUUUACGUUUGAACUGUUUUAUUAAAAUUAUUUUGUUUUAGUUUUUACUCUAGAAAAAAGUAAAGCCUUUUAUGUUAUGCGUCGAAAACAUGUACUUUUUUUUAUAUACCGUCGUCAGCAUUUAGAAAGGCUCUGUGUGUGUUUACACUGCUUUUAUACAGAAAAAAAAAUUUUCUUUUUGUGGACGAACGUCUAGAAUCAUUUCAAAAACCUUUGUUUUAGUGCUUUUCUAAAUGAUGAUUGUGGUAUGCACACGCACAUGAAAAUGCCUGCUUGGUUGAAAGAAAACGGCUAUUAGAGAAAAUGUUCCAACACUUGUACCAAAAGUUGAAACUCAGUUAUCAAAGCAGUUGCCAAAAAUAAAUAAAUGAAAAGUCGAUGAUCCUAAAUAUACUAGUCUCACAUCUAGGUGCACAGAAAUGCAAACUGGCAUUUCUGCUGAAUGAAGAAUUGAACGAAUACGAAAUGUGAAGUGAAGCGGAUUUUCGAUAUAGUGUUUACCAUGCAACCCAUUCUUACACAUACACAACAGCAACACACAAGAAUCCUCAAUUAACAAUAUGAAUUAAUGGCAAACGCAUUUACAUUUUGCAAGCGAUAUAUGAAAAUCCAAACUCACUAAAAUUUAAAUGUUGUAACUUAGUGUGCUUCAAUGUAAUUCCUAGUAAGCUACAUAAAAUGCGAACUUACCUAUAUACAUAUUACAUACAUAUUUAUCUCGAACUCAAGUCAAGCAAAGUAGUGAAAUGAAUCUAAAAAGUCUUAACGUAGGCAUAUUAAAGUGUAUUAGAACAAACGAAAACAUAAACAAUGAAAAAUACUAUAUCCAGAAGUUGCGUUUUUAAGUUAAAAAAUUCAACUAUGCACAAGUUUUAUUCACCUAAAAGUCUUUUCAUUUACUAACAGUACAAUCUACAUUCAUUUUUAUUGAUGUAAUCGAAAUUUUCGUUAAAUUAUGUUAAGUUAGGCUUAUGCGGUUCGAAUGGCAUAUAUUUAAUCACAUGUUUUAUUUCUUUAAAUAUAAAUUAUUUGAAAUAUAUAUGGUAAACACAACAUAUUUUAGCUCAGUAAAGAUGUAAUUUUUUUUUGCCAUAAAUUAUAAAAAAUGGGAACACUUCCAAGUUAUUAUUAUUACUACAGAAAGGAGCUUCCUUGGCAAUUUACCCACUUUCUACAGAAUUACAUUCUUUUGGGGAUUUGAUUGAAUUUUAAAUUUUUAUUUUUUUUUAAUUGCAAGUUGGCAUAUUUAAAAUUACACAUUAUUUUUUUUAAAACAAAUCCAAUCGUUGACUAAAUCUAAGUUGGAAUCAAAGCGAAUUCACAGACAUAAUUUACUAAACCCAUAUGUAGUAUAUAUGUAUGUACAAUAACAAUUUGUAUAAGAGUACGUAGGCAUUGGGACAUUAGAAAACGAAUGCAUAAUUUAUUAAAAAAGGCUUAAGAAAAGCCGGCCACUAUCGCCUUGGUUUUACAUUAAAGUUUGACUCAUUUUGGAAACUUUAAAUUGAUGUUAAAUACUACUUGAAUUGAUAUUAUAUAUUUGUCAAAUCACACCAUCUUUGCACAUCCACCAUUUAUGUAUGUAUUUAUAUAAAUUAUUAUCUUGCAUGCUAUAUUCUUGCCAAAUUGGCAUACAUUGCGUUCACAUAUAUUUAUUUUGGAGGCAACUUUAGUUUUUAAUAAGUUUUUUAUAUUUAUUGUGAUAUUAGUAUAAUUUCAUCACAAUUGAAAAUUAAUACACUUUGGCCUAAUACCAUAAACAUAAAAA